AAUCUUCUACGCAUUGCUGAAUCAGGUAUAAUGGCCGAAACCCCAUUCAGAGGACUAGGGAAGGCAGUUGAGUUUGAAGGCGUCUUCAACGUACGCUCUUUCGGCGGCUACACAAGCACCCUCCGACCCAACUGUUCCACCCGCCAUGGCUUCAUCUACCGCUCGGGCCACCUCGAUAAUAUCACGUCCCGCGGAAUCGAACAACUUCGCAGCCUCGGAGUAACGACGAUCAUCAACCUGACCAACACCGGCGAGUCGACGGCGCUUUACGCGAAUGCAGGAACAGACACGGCGGGCCUCGAGGGGGUGAAGGUUGUGAAUCUUCCGUUGGCGAAGGGUGGAUUCUCGGUUGCGAAGCUUGCGGAGAAGUAUCGCCGGUACGUGGCUGAGGGGGAGAAGGUCAUAGCAGACGGGUACCUUAAGCUUCUGGAAGAAGGUCACUCCGUUGUAAGCGACGUCCUCAUGUUAAUCCGCGACAAUCCCGAUGAUGUGUUUCUCAUCCACUGCUCAAUGGGCAAAGACCGCACGGGCGUUUUGUUUGCAAUCCUUCUCCGUCUAGCCGGUGUUUCACAAGACGAUAUCGCCUCGGAGUAUAGCCUGAGCGAGGCAGCUCUGGGACCAGCGCUUCCUGAAGUUGCGGCCGGGAUUAAACGAGUGAUCUUGCCGCCGAUUGAUGGCGAGGAGGCACUGAGGAGAGCGAAGAUUGUGAUUCAGACGAGGAAGGAGGCGAUGACCCUCACGAUGGCUAUGAUUGAGGAACGCUUCGGAGGAGCGUUGCGGUAUCUGACUGAGCGCUGCGGACUGGAGGACGAGGAUCUGAAGAGGAUUCAAGACAUUUUGACGGACUCCGAGUCUGUUUGAGUUCGCACCCUAGCGUGUAUCUAUGGUAACAGGAUCAAUUCAAAUAGCAGCACCAACCAAUUCUAUGUGAAGAUGGGGUCAACGAACCCAGCAAAUCAGCUGUGUUCUCGACUUCAGACGAACCCAGGCGAGCUGGGUAGAAGGCUUG